AUGCCGUUCUUCAGACGAUUGUUCCUGCUCAUCUCCAUCACUGCAUCGAUUGGCAGCGUCCUGCUAUACAUUGUUGUAUACGGAAUGACUCGGAAAAGUGUUCGUCGUGCUCGAAAAAUUCAAAUGGGAUCGGAAGCGGCCGAUGCAUUCGAGCGUCGCCAACGUAAACUUACUCGAACAAUGAAUGUUUCAUGUCUGAUAACACUGAUCUUCUUUGUAACUCCAUUGUGUAUGCGUUUCUUGAUCGGUGGCACAAUUAAUACGACAGUGCACGACAUACUGGUAGCAUAUGCUGGGAUCAGCUGCAAUUUCAAUCCGCUAGCAAUUCUUGCCGCGCUGUUUAUCAUGCAAGAAGACGUGAAAGAGGCUGUAUUGAGCAGUCUACCGCACUGUUUUCAUCGGCUAAUUCCAAGUAACGCACCAAACGAAACGUUUGGUAACAAUCUCUCCGAAUUGGCUAUUUGGCUUACCACGCAAGCUACGGAUCUGAAACUUUGCGAGGACAUUCUAUAUCCACAUACGGUCUUACUUCGGCUUGGAGGUGAAAUUCCAUGUACGCAGUCAUGA